CUGAAAAAACAAACAUUGCAAAUAAUUUGGGACGGAGGAAUAUAUUCUUGCGCUUACCAAACCAAACGGGGCCCAAAAGGGAUAGAAGUGUAGAAGUCCAACAGACCUUCACGAAAUUUUUUGUGCCCAAAUUUUGAAAUGCUAAAUUCAAAGCCCUAUCUCCUAAAACUAUCCCGCCCGUACACACUGCUAACCGCGCCAUGAAUUCAAAGCUCUCCUCCAAAGACUGUCAUUUCUUCCCCACCGCCCUUUUCAUUCGUCAAUUCGCCACCACCGUAACCACUUCCGCCCUUCUCCGCCGCAUAUCUCUGAUCGGCGGCUGAAAUCACUGUCCAAUGUUUUUCAUCUCGAAAUUCGCCAGGUGAAGUUGGUCAGCAUAUUUAAUGUCAAAGGAGAACCACACGAGUGAAAGUGUCUGGGUUGAGAAACCCUGCUCUGGUGACAAACUCCCAAAAUUUAACUGGCAGGAACAUGCCCUCCGUCUUGAUAACGGUCUCACUCAGGGCAGCUUACUGAAGUCGGGUUUCCUUUAUUCCCUUCCAGAACAAAAGCCUAGUGCCAUGAGAGCAAUGGGUAUAAGGCCAACUAUUUGUCAAAUUCAGGAUUUGAGGUUGUCUGACCCUAUAGCUGAGAAGGCAUGGCAAAAUCUUUCCAACAUGCGGUUGUCUUCCAAGAGCUAUGUCAAACCUGGGAAAACUCUACCCUUUACUAAAGAUGCCAGUGCUUCUGCCGUAGGAAGUUCUGUUCAAGCCAAUCAACAAUGGUCAUCCAAUGUGAAUAGCACUUCAUAUUCACAGGUGCCAUUUCAUCAGAGCUUUAGGGAAACUAACAGUGAAGUAGGAGAAUUCAGAAAGUCUGCAGGGGCUUCUUUUCCAUUGCACGCGCAAUUGGGAAAUACUGUGACUAACCAGAAUAGUAUAUACUCGUCAACGACAAGUGCUUCUUGGAAGCAACCCCCCAAUGGAUCAUUCACAGCCAAUGCAGUCAAUUUAAACAAAAUGAGAGGGUCUAAUGACAGUUUUGCAGAUGGAUUUGAUGAUGAUGAUGUACUGGAGGGAAUUGAUGUUGACCAAAUAGUUAUGGAGCAUUAUCAAUCUAACUGCACACCUCAACCAUCACUUUCGAAAUUUCCUUCUACUCCAGGCAUGAGUUCUAGAUGCUUGGAAAAAACUGAAGAAAGUAGUUUGCCUUUGGAGCUGUCCUCAAAUUGCAAUCAUGGUUUGCAGCUAGGACUUUGUCCGGAGGCGCCAGCUCAUUUGCAAGAUAUGAAGGAUAAAUUAAUUUCUAUUUCAAAUGAUCUUCUUGACAAUGUUACUAAUCUCAGUUCUGACCAAGUCGAGAAUCUGCGCAAAGAAAGAUUGGAGUUGAAUACUCAAAUUCAACAGCUUGAGAAGUAUCUCCGCACAAUAUCAGUUAAUGCAGAAAGAAUAACGUCACAGUUCUCUGCGUCCACCACCGCUUCAAAUUUUCAAUAUGAGACUCCUCGAACAAUUCCCUUUAGGAUUGAUCCCAGGAGGCUUGAAACACAAUUUGAAUAUAAUGAACCGGUUGGAUUUGAUCAAUGGAAUUCUUCAUCGGUGCCUUUUUCAUCAAAUAGUAUUUCAAAUGAUAGUGUCAGAAGAGAAACUUACAUACCAACAAAUAUAGAAGUUAAUUACGUUGAUGGUUCAAAUGAUAAAAAGUGGAGCUGCCGAGACUUUCCUUGGACAAAAGAUAUUGAGGUCAACAACAAGAAAAUAUUUGGAAAUCACUCUUUUCGCCCCAACCAAAGAGAGGUGAUCAAUGCCACCAUGAGUGGAUACGAUGUAUUUGUUUUAAUGCCAACUGGGGGAGGGAAGAGUUUGACCUACCAGCUUCCAGCUUUCAUUUCUCCUGGGGUUACUUUAGUAAUUUCACCUCUUGUUUCACUCAUUCAAGAUCAGAUAAUGCAUCUGCAACAGGUUAACAUUCCUGCUACAUAUCUUAGUUCAAACUUGGAAUGGCCUGAGCAGCAGGAGAUUCUUAGAGAACUUAGUUCAGGUGUUUGCAAAUACAAACUUUUAUACGUCACACCAGAGAAAGUUGCUAAAAGUGAUGUUCUGUUGCGACACCUGGAGAGGCUACAUGACAGUGAUUCACUGUCUAGAAUUGUUAUUGAUGAAGCACACUGUGUAAGCCAAUGGGGGCAUGAUUUUAGGCCAGACUAUCAGUGUCUUGGAAGAUNCGUCUUCCGUCAAAGUUUUAAUCGUCCUAAUUUACGAUAUUCUGUAAUCCCAAAGACUAAGAAGAUUUUGGAAGACAUUGAUACCUUCAUAAGAGAAAAUCAUUUUGAUGAAUGUGGAAUCAUCUAUUGUCUUUCUAGAAUGGACUGUGAAAAAGUUGCUGAGAAGUUGCAGGAAUAUGGGCACAAAGCAGCAUUUUACCAUGGCAAUAUGGAUGCUCCUCAGCGUGCCUAUGUGCAGAAACAAUGGAGUAAAGACGAGAUCAAUAUCAUUUGUGCAACUGUUGCAUUUGGAAUGGGCAUCAACAAGCCAGAUGUACGGUUUGUCAUUCAUCAUUCACUGCCAAAAUCUAUUGAAGGCUAUCAUCAGGAGUGUGGUCGUGCUGGAAGAGAUGGCCAAUCUUCAUCUUGUGUGUUGUAUUACAACUACAGUGAUUAUAUAAGGGUGAAGCAUAUGAUUAGCCAAUGCCCUAUAGAACAGAGCUCUUUCACACCUGGUUACGGCCGUUCCAGCAUGGCAACCUCUGGGAAGAUACUAGAAACAAACACUGAAAAUCUUUUGCGAAUGGUUAGCUACUGUGAGAAUGACGCUGAUUGUAGACGCUACCUUCAACUUGUUCAUUUUGGUGAAAAGUUUGAUUCUGUCAAUUGUAUGAAAACUUGUGACAAUUGUUCAAAAUGUCAGAGCUGCAUUGACAAGGAUGUUACUGGAACUGCAAAACAAUUAGUCGAGCUAGUGAAGAUGACUGGACAACAGUUUUCAUCAGCUCAUAUAUUGGAAGUUUUUAGGGGUUCCUUGAACCAAUUUGUCAAGAAACAUAGACAUGAUAUAUUGAGCAUGCAUGGAGCUGGAAAACAUUUAGCAAAAGGUGAAGCAUCCCGAGUGUUGCGUUACCUUGUUACUGAAGAUAUUUUAAUGGAGGAGGUUAAGAAAAGUGAUACAUAUGGAUCUGUAUCAUCAGUUUUGAAGGUGAAUCAACUCAAAGCAAAUAUUCUCUUUGCCCCUGGGCAUAUAGUCAAAUUAAGAGUUCCAUUGGCUGCCAAUGCAAGUAAGCCGGGUAAAGCAGGAAUGACUCCUGCAAAAUGCACACUAUUAUCAACAAAUCAAUCCGAAAAUCAAUCUGAGGAUGAUCUGAACCUGUCAGCCAAACUGUAUAAUGCACUACGGAUGCUUCGAACUACUCUUAUCAAGGAAGCAGGAGAGGGAGUCCUGGCUUACCAUAUAUUUGCAAAUAAUACGUUGCAACAAAUGAGCAAGAGGAUACCCAGGAACAAGGAUGAGCUGCUAGAAGUUAGCGGCAUUGGCAAGGCUAAGGUAACUAAAUAUGGGGAUCGGCUUUUGGAAACAAUAGAGGCUACUAUCAAGGCCCACUCCAAGGGUGAUGGAAACAGUGGUAGUAGCAAUGGGAGUCCGGAUUCGGGCAAGAGAAAAGGAGACAAUGACUUUGUCGAGAGCACAGCACGCUCUAAGAAACGGGUUCCCAAAAAGCUUUGCAAACCUAAGCAGGUGGCCAAGACGACAACGACGACUGACUACAUAGAACUUGGAUACUAUGAUGAUUUUAUGGAUACUGAUUUCGAGGAAAACUUUGACCCCCAAAUCAAUGGCUCCAUUGCAAAAGCCAAUGGUGAGGCAGGAAGAGUUCUACCUCCAUGGGGAUAGAAAAAGAGCUGCAUGGUUUCGAUCUGAUAUCUAUUUUUGUAGUGUUAUGUGUUGGUUUUAUUGUGUUCUGAAAAAGUCAGGGAAGCAUUCAGUAUGACAUUACAUUUUUCAAAACCAUGCCUAACAACACCAUAGCUCAUGGUUAAAUCUCGGCAUUGAGUUCGCACGACGUUGGGUACCAUUGUAGUCUAUUGUGCUUGGUUCAUUAGUGUAGUUGUAUUGUUUUUUCCCAGCAUUGAAAAUUGUCUUCAAUGUAAUUUUAUUAAAGUUAGCGAUAACAAAAUAGAACUUGUACAUCUCUAAGAAUAGAAUAGAAUUGUCGUA